AGGACCAUUAAUUUAUCGCCGUGGUUUUCCAUUUCCUCGGAUCCUUACCUGCCCUCCAAAUCGCCGAUCCCAAUUUUUCUCUCGUCAAUCUCAUCUCCCGACGAGAACAACUUCUUCUUCCUCGGAUCCCUUUCAACCCAGAUAAUGGUUCGAGGAAGAGAUGCCUGUUGGGAACACUGUGUCCUUGUUGAUGCAACCAGACAGAAGGUUAGGUGUAAUUAUUGUCAACGGGAAUUCAGUGGAGGGGUAUACAGGAUGAAAUUUCACUUGGCUCAAAUAAAAAACAAAGAUAUAAUCCCCUGUGCUGAUGUCCCAGCUGAUGUGCGCGACCAUAUCCAAAGUAUUUUAAGUACUCCCAAGAAACAGAAAACUCCCAAGAAAACAAAAGUUGAUCGGGCAGCAGCAGCUAAUGGUCAACAAAAUAGCUCUUCAGCUAGUGGUGGCUUCCAGCCUAACCAUGGAUCUAGUGGACAGAAUGGAAGCACCUGUCCGUCUUUGUUAUUUCCACGCCAUUCACCAAGUGGACAGCCAGCAGUAGAUGAUGCUCAAAAGCAAAAACAGGAUGAUGCAGAUAAAAAAGUUGCUGUUUUUUUCUUUCACAAUUCUAUUCCUUUCAGUGCUGCUAAAUCCAUGUAUUAUCAGGAAAUGGUAAAUGCUAUUGCGGAGUAUGGAGUGGGCUACAAAGCCCCAAGUUAUGAAAAAUUGAGAUCUACUCUUUUGGACAGAGUGAAAGGUGAUAUACAUGAUUGUUACAAGAAAUAUAGAGAUGAGUGGAAAGAAACAGGUUGCACAAUUUUGUGUGAUAGUUGGUCUGAUGGUAGGAGCAAAUCAAUUGUAGUAUUUUCAGUUACAUGCCCAAAGGGGACACUAUUUUUGAAGUCGGUUGACAUAUCAGGCCAUGAAGAUGAUGCAACUCACUUGUUUGAGUUGCUCGAGUCUGUUAUUUCAGAAGUUGGUGUGGAAAAUGUUGUUCAAGUUAUAACAGAUACCUCAGCCAGUUAUGUUUUUGCGGGUAGACUUCUUAUGUCCAAGUACAGUUCAUUGUUUUGGUCUCCUUGUGCUUCUUAUUGUAUUAAUAAGAUGUUAGAAGAUAUUGGUAAACAAGAGUGGGUGGCUACAGUGUUGGAGGAGGCAAAGAGCAUCACAAGGUACAUUUAUAGUAAUGCGUGGACUUUGAAUAUGAUGCGAAAAUUCACCUGUGGAAGGGACUUGAUCAGGCCAAGAAUCGCUAGAUUUGUGACAAAUUUCCUCUCCUUGAGGUCCAUUGUGAUUCAGGGAGACAAUUUGAAGCACAUGUUUUCACAUGCAGAGUGGUUGUCCUCCAUUUACAGUAAACGUCCCGAUGCACAAGCUAUGAAGUCCUUGUUGUAUUUAGAUAGAUUUUGGAAGUAUGCUCAUGAAGCUGUAAGUGUUUCUGAGCCACUAGUUAAAAUCUUACGGAUUGUUGAUGGGGACAUGCCUGCUAUGGGCUAUAUGUUUGAAGCAAUAGAGAGGGCAAAGGUUGCAAUCAAGACAUAUUAUAAGGGCAUUGAAGAGAGUUACAUGCCGUAUUGGGAUAUAAUUGAUCGGAGAUGGAAUAUGCAGCUUCAUUCCUCCUUACAUUCUGCAGCAGCCUUCCUUAAUCCUUCCAUUUUUUACAAUCCAAGCUUUAAGAUUGAUUUGAGGAUGAGAAAUGGGUUUCAAGAAGCCAUGUUAAAGAUGGCUACAACAGAUAAAGAGAAAAUGGAAAUCACCAAAGAACAUCCUGUAUACAUCAACGCCCAAGGUGCCCUUGGGACUGAUUUUGCAAUCAUGGGAAGGACAGUGAACGCCCCAGGUGACUGGUGGGCAGGAUAUGGGUAUGAGAUCCCCACACUCCAGAGAGCUGCAAUAAGGAUACUGAGCCAACCUUGCAGCUCCCAUUGGUGUAGAUGGAACUGGAACACUUUUGAGAGCAUGCAUACUAAGAAAAGGAACAGGGUGGACAUGGAAAGAGUCAAUGAUAUGGUUUUUGUGCACUGCAAUCUUUGGUUACACAUAGCACAUAGCAGGGAUGGAAAAUGUAAACCCAUUAUAUUUGAUGAAAUUGAUGUUACUUCUGAAUGGCCCACUGAGUCGGCGGAAUCUUCGGCUCCACUUUUGGAUGAUUCCUGGCUGGAUAUGCCCCUUGAAUGCAGGGAUAGCCCAUGAACUUGUGAAGAAAGUAAAAAAAUAGUAUAUAUAUAUGUUGUAUGAAUUUUGUAUUAUAUAGAAGCCAUGCUCGAUAGUUAUAUUAUUGAGCUGUAAUUA